AUGCUUUCCGCUCUGCUUCUCCUCGCUCCGGUCCUCGCCUCCGCGACCAUCAACAGCAUCGGCUACGGACCUCACGGACUCGAGCUCAACGCCGGCGAGGACGAGCAUGCCGCUUCCGCCUACGAGGAGGUUGCGCUGAAGGAGAUUUGCUACCGCAACUUGUACGCCGACGUCGCCGCAUUCGCGGUCAAGUACCAGAAGGAGGUCCUCGUCGCCGACAAGGCGGACGGCAAGGUCUACCUCGCGGACGGCACGCGCAAGGACGAGAACAACGUCGAGUUCUACUACGAGGAAUUCUGCUACAAGCAGUACAAGGUCAAGGAUCACGAGGCUGAUUACUCCAAGACGUCUGGCAUCUCGAUCGGCCGCGUCAAACGCGGCCUCGCCGACUCGCUCGGCUUCAGCAAUCUCGCCGGCAUGAACCUCGACUCCGGCUCCGCCAGCGAUGGCGGCCUCUUCGCCAAGAACUCUUUCCUCGAUAACUUCGCCAACAGUUACGGCGAUGGCUCGAUCAAGGGGGAUGCCUUCGACUCCUUCGGCGGACUGGGAGGCGGAGCCUACGGCGGCGAGGGCUUGGGCGGGCUCAAGCAGUCAUCCUCCGCCGCUCCUCACGACACCGGCAAGACGCGCGACAUCGGCGACGUGGGAGGCGCGGAGCAGGUCAAGAUGGACGACGACUCGGCCAAGGGAGGCGACAAGGCGCAGGACUCGGGACCGAAAGAGCGCAGGGCUUUCUCGUGGCGUCGCCUUGUUGUCCGUUGGCGCAUGAGCUCGUAA